UCCGGUCAUUUCAUUUCCCCCAUUUUCCUCUCUCUCUCUCUUCUACUUUUCUCUCACCUCUGGUUUUUUUCUCACACACAAAUCCAACCAAUAACUUAUAAGCAUAAGCAGGAGCAGCAGCAGCAGAGCUCAGCUAUGGAGAAGAUGAAGGAAGAGCUUAUAAAGAUGGAGGAUACAAGCACCAGCGGCGGCGGCGGCGGCGGUGGAGGUUUCCCAUUUUCCGAUCACAGUUUGUUGGAUUUCUCCGACGCCCAAAAAUGCCCUCUGGGUUUCAUGGAGCUUCUUGGUCUCGAUUAUCACGCCGACUACUCGGAAGUCCUGAAUCCGCCGGCGACGCCCAACUCCUCCUCCGUCUCCUCCGCCUCCAGUGACGCCGCCGCCGCCGCCGCCGACCAAGAUGACCCACCUCACCAAAAUCCCUCAAAACAAUUGAAGGUGAGUAAGAAGAAGAAGGAGAAGAGAGAGAAAGAGGCAAGAUUUGCGUUCAUGACGAAGAGUGAAGUUGAUCAUCUUGAAGAUGGGUAUCGAUGGAGAAAGUAUGGCCAAAAAGCUGUCAAAAACAGCCCUUUUCCUAGGAGCUAUUAUCGUUGCACCAGUGCAGCCUGCAAUGUAAAGAAAAGAGUCGAACGAUCCUUCGCGGAUCCAACCAUUGUGGUGACCACCUACGAAGGCCAACACACCCACCCGAGCCCGGUCCUCACGCGCUCCGCCCUCGCUGCUGCCAUUCCUCCACACUCCGCCAUCGCGUCGGGACAAGGGUGCGCUGGCAUUGCUACCAUGCCAUUGCUCAAAGCUAGCAACAACACUAAUGAUAACAUCCCGACAAUGUCAUAUUUUCAAAAUCCCGCCUUCUUCACCACCCAACACAUGACUGUCGAUCACAACCGCAACUUCACCGCUGCAGCUGCAAACCCCGCCGGAAUCCUACCGGAGAGACGAUUCUGCAACUCAAAAAAUACUGCUUUUCUUGCAGACCAUGGGCUGCUUCAAGAUGUUGUUCCUCCCCACAUGCUGCAACAAGAGUAAAAGAAAACAAAAUAUAUAUAUAUAUAUAUAUAUAUAAUUAUAUAUAGAGAGAUAUAAAUAUAUAUUAGUUUCAGUUAAAACAGUUGGUGUUUAGUCUGAUUUUUAACUCAGAUAACUGACUUCUGUUGUUUUGUUCAUAGGAGAAGUUAGAAGAAAGAGGGAAAAAAACCAUUAAUGAUUAUGUAGUUAAUUAAAAUUUUAUAUUGGUGAGAAAAAUGGAUGAUGAUCUCAUUUUUGUGAGAAAACCCAUUGAUUUUCAUAUGCAAAAAUUAUGAUUAGGUAA